AUGGCAUUGCUCAGGAAGAACGUGUUUAUCCCUUCGGCUGUUGUUGCACCUGAAAAUGUUACUGAUGACCAAAAAAAAAAAAUAAAAUUGACCAAUGAAUUUGAGAUCCCCAUCUGGCCUUUCUCCAAGGGUAGAAAUGUCGGCUAUGGUGGCACUGCCCCGAGAGUGCCCAGCAGUCUUGAUAUCGACAUGGCCAAAAAUAUGAAUAGAGUGUUGAAAGCUGAUCCUGAGAAAGCCUAUGUCUUGCUCGAGCCUGGGGUGUCUUACUUUGACCUCCAUGACACAACCUCCGAUGGUCCACUCAUCCACACUGGGAUGGAUUCUUCGCCAAACCCAAAAGCGGACAAGAGCAAGCCGCCCCACGGGCAGGAACCAAACGAGAGCUGGCAGUUAUUUGACUAUGGUAUUGGCCCGCAUAGUGCUGGUAUAUUAUAUCAGUCGUCUCUCGGAAUCGUCGUGAAAAUGGAAAUCUGCUUAUGCCUAAACCUGGCGGGUAUCAGGCAUCGUGGAAAUACUCCGACCUUGGAAAUCUCCGGGGUAAUUCAGAACACACCCAAGCUGGAGAACGUCCUAGUUAGUACCGUCCUGCAGUUUAUCGGUUUCUCACAAUCAAUCUCCCAGAGCCAAUACACCAAUUCUAACAAACCCCUGACCGACCUCGAACUAGGUGAGAUUUCAGAAAACCUCAAUGUCGGUCGCUGGAAUCUCUAUGGAGCGAUGUACGGCCCACCUGUCAUACGCUCUUUGAUCUCCGUCGCCAAAUUCUAUUUCCCCGAGGAUCAUCCCAACGACAUCAUUCUACGGAUCCGAAACGAUACAGUGCAAGCUUGUCCUGGCUCCCCAGGGGAUCUCACCCGCCGCUUAAGCGAGGAAUACGGAUUUGACUUCAUUAGCAUGUUCGUCGUCGGGGCUCGUGAAAUGCACCACAUCGUCUGCAUUCUGUUCGAUCGGAAAGAUCCCGAUUCAAGAAAUCGGGCUUAUAAGCUUAUUCAGGCUCUGAUCGCCGAGGCGGCGGAUUGGGCGGGCUUCAAUGAGAAUGCUCAGAUGAAAUUGAACGAGAAGGUGAAGAACACGCAUGAUCCGAAAGGGACCUUGUGUCCAGGAAAGAACGGUAUCUGGCCUGCCAACUAUCGCAAGGAGGAUUAG